CUUAGUUCAUGGUUGCGAGCGACUUGUCGUCACACAUUGUGAAACACACCGUUGAUGUAAAAUUGGUUAUUUAGUUAUUUUCUAACAGCACACUUGUUAUUUUACUUACACUAGUGUCGCGUUUUAUCUGGCAAUUGUACGCGGUAUCAAGGGCACAUUUGGAUCUGAUACCUGGGUCACAGUGAUGGAGGGUCAGGAUAAUGCAGAUCAAGGCAGCAGUGAUCAGUCUGAAAUACAACGCAGAAGGCAGCUGGACCGUCUGGACAGAGAGGAAGCUUUCUAUCAGUUUGUCAACAAUCUUAGCGAGGAAGAUUAUAGGCUCAUGAGAGACAACAAUCUACUUGGCACCCCUGGUGAAAUCACAGCAGAUGAACUGUUGAACCGACUUAGGCAGGUCAAGGAUGGCCCUGAGUCACCCAGCAGUAACAUCACUGAAGAAAGAAGGGAAGCGCCUGGAGCGACAGAGGUUGAGGGCACUGAAGAAAACCCAAGUGGGGAGACCCUUCUUGACUGGCUGAACACAGUACGACAGACGGGGAAUACAACUAGGAGUGGUUACCGGGGUAACCAGUCAUGGCGGGCUGUGAGCCAAACCAAUCCCAACAGUGGUGAUUUCCGUUUCAGCUUGGAGAUCAAUGUCAAUCGUAACAUUGCUGAGCAGCAAACACAGACAGAAAGGUUGGAAGGCAGCCAGGAAAGACCAGAUGGCUCUGUUUCUGAGCCUGAGAGUCUUAUGGAGACUGCAGAGGUAGUUGAGGAGCCAGUUGUGGAUGAGUUGGCUGUUAUUGUAGAGCCAGAAUUGCCAGUUCCUAGCACAUUGACUCUAAACAGAGAUGAUAAUGUACCAGUAGAUGCACCAAAUCCACUAACCUCAACUCCUCCAAACUUGCCUUCAGUGGAACAACCCCGUAGGGGUCAAAUAAGGGCUCGUAGCAGAAGUCCAGAGCAGCGACGGACAAGGGCUCGCACGGCAAGAGGUCGUUCACCGAUCAACCUUGAAAGAUUGGAUGGACUCCCGCCUACCCAGCAUGGCAUACCUACUCAUAAUCCUGAGAUACUUCCUGAGCCACAGGUUGAGGGAAGCUCAAGGACUCGGCAACUGUUUUUAUCUAGGCAGAGCACAGUGGAAACGGAAACUCAUACUUUGGGAUCAGCAACUGACGUACCUGAAGCACCUCAAGAAAGAGAGGCAACUACUGGAGAAGCAGGGGCCUCAGGACGUCGUCCUCCAACCAUAAUGCUGGAUUUGCAGGUACGUAGGGUGCGUCCCGGAGAGUAUCGUCAGAGAGACAGCAUUGCAAAUCGUACAAGGUCUCGUUCGCAGACUUCAAACAACACUUUAUUAUACGAGACUGAGCGUGGAGGUUUUCGCCGGACCUUCUCCCGUUCUGAGCGAGCAGGAGUAAGAACAUACGUCAGCACUAUCCGCAUUCCCAUUCGUAGGAUCUCGGAUGCAGGACUUGGGGAAGCCACUUCUUUGGCUCUGCAGUCUAUGAUUCGUCAGAUCAUGACUGGCUUUGGUGAGCUUAGCUAUUUUAUGGAAGCUGAAGUUCCAGACUCAAAUCGUGAAGACAACCCACCAGCAGACCUCUCUGACGCACUGGGAAACCCUGAUGCUUCUACUGGAACUGGUGCAAGUGAAGCAGACCCCUAUCUUCCCGGCCAUGGAGGCUUGAACCAGGGUGGUUUAGAGGCAAGGACUGAGGAAAGGGAAGUGGAAGGUGGACUACCUGGUGCUGCUGGACCUCGGGAGAACCGAGGGCGACAACGGGCUCCGAUCAACUUGGAUGAAACUGGAUCACUGCCCUUCCUGCGACUUGCGCACUUCUUCUUGCUCAACGAGGAAGAUGACGACCAGCCCAGAGGUCUCACCAAAGAGCAGAUUGACAACUUAUCCAUGCGAAACUUUGGCGAGAGCGAUGCAUUCAAAACUUGUAGUGUCUGUAUUACAGAGUAUGCUGAAGGCAACAAACUGCGGAAGCUGCCCUGCUCUCAUGAGUACCAUGUGCACUGUAUCGACCGCUGGCUAUCAGAAAACUCAACCUGCCCUAUUUGCCGCAGGGCGGUGCUCAUUUCCACCAACCGUGAGAGUGUUGUCUAGCUAAAAUGAGAUUUUUCUGCCCUUUGCUUUAUAUUUACCUAGUCAUGUGAGGACUCUUAAUGAGAUUUCCCCCCCAUACAUCUUAUAUAAAGCCAUCAAGUUUUAUCAGAUUUGCUGGUGCCAAGAUCUCCCCACCCCCAAACUUUAUGGCAGUGUGUUUUGACACAUCUUACAGUGGAAUAAGUAUUGUUGCAGGACAAAAACGGUGAAGGCCAUGCUCCAGCCCUGGUUCUUCACUUCUAUUAAAUAUCAACAUUUGACAAAAUUCUAAGGCAAUGCAGAGAUCCCUUUGUAUGGUACAUUUACUUUGUUCAAAAAAAGAGCACUGUGCUGCAUAUGUUUAUGUGGUUUCAUACAGUGUUGGUUGUGUUGGUAUGAAAUCAUAGUAUGUGUUGUACCAGUUGCAUCAUAAAUGACUAAAUGCAGAUGAUCCGAAAAAGAUUUCAUGCAAUAGUUUUAAGCGAGUUUGUCAUACUCUGUAGAAUAGACUUUGAUUUGGCAUUUAACCAUUUUCUGUAAACCUGGUUUUAAAAGCCAUGUGAUCAGACACUUUUUAAACAAACCAACCAACAACAAGGCUGUAAAUAUGCUACACGGACACAUCAGGUUGUAUUUUCGCCUGUCUUCCCAAAUGACGAUGAUGCAUCAGUCUGCGGAUUCAAAAGCAUCUUUCAUAUAUCUUAAGUAAUAAACUUGGCUAUGUAUAGGCAAUGUUGUGCAAUGCUAAUAAGGAAAAUGUAAAGGAUGUUUUGCCAGAUUGACUUGUAUGUUGUAGUCUGUAAAUAUUAACAUUUAAAAUGAAGACUUAAAUGGAAGUUUUUCUAACAGUUCUGUACAUUGAAAAUAGCACCAUUUAUCUACCAUUUAUCAUUAACGUCUGAGGAGGAAAUUAUUUUUUCUCAUGGAAUGGUUGGUUUCUUAUAUGAGCUGAGGUUAUUAAGGCUGAUGUGAGUGAGAAAUGCAGUGUCCUUUAGAAACGAUCUAUUUUCAUUGUUUCUUUGUUCACUUGGGAGACUAACCCUAAGCAUAAUGUUCUCGAAUACAUCAACAUUUCAUGUCUCGUAAGCAAGCCAACCCUCAUUAAAUGCACACUCUUCUUCAGUUCUGAGGUCAUGUAUUAUGAGAGCGAGCUCCUCAAUAGAAUUUCUUAAUUUUGUCAGCAUCAUAUUUAUAGCCUAUUUUUGAGUCAGAUUUUGACUAGCUUCCACUUUGCUGUGUUUAAAAUGAAUAAAAUUAUUUCCUCACCUGACCGUUUUCUCUGUGGCCUCACCAGUGUCCCCAUCCUGUUAAGUGCUGCUUCAGAAUAAAGAAAAAUAUCUUC